AUGGAACCCGUCAUCUCCAACGACCUUCCCAACGGCUACGACAUUGCUGAUGUCGAGUUUCGAAGGCAACGGUCGCAGCAACAGCCAGAGAAGAUUGCCGAGAAUGGAGAGAACGCUUUAGAAAAAGCCCCAACAGCAGCAUCAGCCCAUACACAGUCAGAGACCUAUCCAGAGGGCGGAACGGCAGCAUGGCUAGUCGUCACUGGCGGCUGGUUUGCCCUCUUCUCAGGCAUGGGAACCCUCAACACACUUGCAACAUGGCAGGCAUAUGUACUAGAGCACCAGCUCAAGGGCUACAGUGAAGGCACUGUGGGCUGGAUCUUUUCCGUAUACACCUUUCUCACCUUUUUCUGCGGCAUCUACAUUGGCCCGAUAUUCGACAAGUACGGCCCUCGUUGGCUGAUUAUUGCUGGGGCCGUGUGCCUUGUGGCAUCGUUUGUCCUGCUAGCCUUUUGCAAAGAAUACUGGCACUUUAUGCUUUCUUUCGGUGUUCUCUCCGGUCUUGCAACCUCUUUACUACUCACGCCAUCGAUUGCCUCCAUCGGACACUGGUUCAAAGCCAGACGAGGCUUCACCACCAGCAUUGCUACGUCCGCAGGUGGCCUCGGGGGUAUCAUCUUCCCUUUCAUGCUGACCAAUCUGUGGGACCGUAUCGGCUACCAAUGGGGUACAUUGGUGCUGGCUCUUAUUGCCGUUGUUACCAGCAGCAUUGGAGUCCUACUUAUCAAAGCGCGACUUCCACCUGCACCUAACGCAACCGCCCAACCUGAUUUCCGCAUCUUCAAGCAGAUUCCGUUCCUCCUGACGACACUCGGCAUCUUCACGCUUGAAUUCUCCCUCUUCAUCCCGCUGGCAUACAUCUCCACGUUUGCCAUGGCCAAGGGCUUCUCGACGACAUUUGCGUACCAGCUACUUCCGAUCCUCAACGCGGGCUCGGUUAUCGGCCGCCUUUUGCCUGGAUAUUACUCUGAUAUCAUUGGCGCUUUCAACACCUGUAUCCUUGCUACAGUGCUCUCGUUCAUUGCUACGAUCUGUGUCUGGCUUCCUGCUGGGCACACAACGGCUGGCAUCGUUAUUUUUGCGAUCCUCUUUGGCCUAGGUAGCGGCAUCGCCAUUGCCAUUGCCCCCGUCUGCAUUAGCCGCAUGUGCAAAACCCAAGAGUAUGGCCGGUACUAUGCCACGGCGUACAUGGUGGUCUCGUUUGCCUGUCUGAUUGGUAUUCCCAUUGCUGGUAACAUUCUACAGGCUAGCAACGGCUCCUACAUCGGACUCAUCAUCACCACGGGUGCCGUCUUUUUGCUCUCGUCUGCGUUGUUGAUUUGGGCGAAGCUCUGGCAGCUUGGCUUGUCUGGCUGGAAGGAUGUCUACUAA